CGCUCAACACAGCCAGAGCUGGAGGUGGGCGCCGGUGCGAAGGGGCCCAGUGGACCGAUGGCUCUGCCCUGCGCCCUAGGGCUCGGGAUGCUGCUGGCCCUGCCAGGGGCCCUGGGCUCCGGUGGUGGCACCGAGGACAGUGGGGGCUCCAGCUCUGUCACGGUCAUCCUGUUGCUGCUGCUGCUGUUGCUGCUGGCCACAGGCCUGGCACUGGCCUGGCACCGCCUCAGCCGCGACUCGGGAGGCUACUACCACCCAGCCCGCCUGGGUGCUGCGCUGUGGGGCCGCACCUGCCGCCUGCUCUGGGCCAGCCCCCCGGGCCGCUGGCUUCAGGCCCGGACUGAGCUGGGUUCACCAGACCACGACCCAGAGCGGCAGGAGGACGAGCAGGAUAUGGAGGACGACUACGUCUCAGACGGUGGGCCGGAGGCUGGACCCAGAGAAGGCAAGCCGCAGUGUGGAGAGGCAGCGGGCCCAGAGCAGGCUGAGGAAACGCCUGACAGUGACACGGAGGGGGGCCCAGGCCUCAGCUCCCUGGGGCCGGCGGGCUCAGGGGGCAGUGCCGAAGCCCUGCUGAGCGACCUACACGCCUUUGCUGGCAGUGCGGCCUGGGACGACAGCGCUGGCGCAGGCGGGGGCCAGGGCCUCCAUGUCACCGCACUAUAGGAGCCAGUCUUGGUGUCCCAUCUCUGUCAUGGCCACUCACGGUGCCUCUGCUUCCCAACCUGCCAAGGCUGGCCACAGCCUCCACCCCACAUGGCACUUCUCAAACUGUCACCCCUCACCAGUCCCCAAGUCUGUAUACUCUACCCCUUCACAGGAAGGCCUCCUGUCCUCACAGGCACUGGGCAGC